UUACAUUUGGGCCCAGUAGCAAAUCAUCUAGGGUUUUUCUUCUUAUAUAGAGCUGCUGCUGCUGUAUAGCUUCUCCGACGGUUGUUACGGCGUGCAAAAUCAGAACCGAAAAUGCCUAAGCAAAUCCACGAGAUCAAGGACUUCCUUCUGACGGCGAGGAGGAAGGAUGCUAGGUCUGUGAAGAUCAAGAGAAGCAAGGACAUUGUCAAGUUCAAGGUCAGGUGCUCCAGGUACCUCUACACGCUAUGCGUCUUCGACCAAGAGAAGGCUGAUAAGCUUAAGCAGUCACUUCCUCCAGGUUUGAGUGUUCAAGACCUUUGAAGAUCUUCUUGAAGUCGAGUGAUAUGUCAAGGCGACAUUUUGAUUUUUGUUACCUUUUGAAUUACUAUUGUUCAGACUCUUUCCCAUUUCUAUUUCAAGACUUUGAGUUUUUAUUUUGUUAUUUGCUAUCAACGUGGUUAGUUAGUAAACAUGAAUGGUUCAAAAUA